AUGACUGAACCUCCGUCAACUGAAGUUCCUUAUGAACAACAAAACCUUCACAAGGGGCACCAAUAUAUCAAGGACGGCAACACUUUGCUACCAUGUGAAGCCCCUGUGAAUCCACUCGACCUCGGAGCUGGCCAAGAGGUGGUAACUGUGCUCGAAAAACAAAUGGGUAGGCUUGUACUCGAGUGGGACUUCUCCUGGGUGACCAAGUCAGGGUUUGGAGUGCGAUCCGCAGAAGCCGAAGCAAUGAGACUUGUUUUUAAGCAUACCGAUAUGCCGGUUCCUGAGGUGCUCUUCACCGAUUUCAGUUCGGACGAAGUGAUAACAAGUCGAAGUGACUUUUUCAAGUCCGAUUUUCAUCCACCGGAAGGACUGAUUGGAAUGACAAUUAUUCCCGGGGUCCCUUUGGAGCAAAAUUGGGACACGCUAGACGAUGUGGCUAAAGAGUCAAUCUGUCUUCAACUAUGGGAUCUGAUCUCCACGAUCCGAAAUAUCCCUCGUCCACCAGAAUUUGAGGGGCUGUAUCAGUGUGCUGCUGAUGGCUCUCCAUCCCGAGACCCAAUGCUGGAGGAUCUACAAAAGCCCGCUCGACCACUCUCGAGCGAUUCAGAGCUACGUGCAAGAAUUUACGAGCGGUAUAUCCACUGUGGAGGAACUCGGUAUGAGAAUAGUCUGCUGGAUAUGCUGCCCAGGUCGGAACGCUCGGUGUUCACGCAUGCGGAUAUUGCGCCACGCAACGUCAUGGUGGACGAGCAGGAAAAAAUCACCGGCAUUCUUGAUUGGGAAUCAGCGGGGUGGUAUCCCGACUACUGGGAGUAUGCGCAGAUCUUACGGCCAGCCUUUUGGGGUGACUGGUCAAUCUGGAUGGAGAAGACUGCGCCACAGCAGUGGGAUCUACGAGGAAUAAAUGCUGCCAGGAAGGUUUUGUUCUGA